AUGCCUCCUAAACAAGCAUCCGGUGCUAAAAAACGUAAAAAGAGAAAACUAGAUGAAGCAAUGAAAAAGUCUCACGCUGGUGCUUUGUUGAAGUUUAUGCAUAAGUCGUCUGAUAAAGAGCAAGAACAUGUUGAAGAGCAAGAACAUGUGGAUGUGGAAGUAGAACUUGAAGAGAUGGAAGAGCAAGAACAUGUUGAAGAGCAAAAUGACGUGGAAGAACAAGAUGAUGUGGAAGUAGAACCUGAAGAGGGGGAUGAGCAUGUCGAGGCUAAUAUAAAUAAAGAGUAUGUUAAGGAUAUAUUUGAUCCAAGAAUGUGGGAAGGACUUAAUUCUGACGAAAUUAAACUUUUGGUCGAGAAAGGUCCUAAAAGAGAUAAUAAUAUAGUAUUUGGCCCAUACGAUACAAACAAUAUACGAUUUUCCACCGCAUUAUAUGUCACACCCCUUUCUUAG